AUGGCGACGAUUCUCAAAACCAUCCAGGGAAAAGCGGACAAAGUGAAAAGAACCACCAAUUCGUAUAUUGAUGACGUCCUGGUGGAUGAGAGCAUAGUGUUGGCAAAAAAAUGGCAUGCCCACACCACGAAUACUCACCUGGGUGGGAGUGUCUGUGGCAAUCUCCGUUACCAAAUCAGGCCUGAACUCUGUACGCAAGCAUGGUGUAAGUUUAUGGAAAUUCUCUCGACAUAUUCCGUAGUGGACUUGAAAUCAAAGAAACUAAAUUCUGUUCAUCUGUGUGAAGCACCAGGAUCUUUUAUUACUUGUUUGAAUCACUUCCUCUUUACCCAUGGUUUUACAGGCAAAUGGCAGUGGAUGGCUAGUACGUUAAACCCCUAUUAUGAGGGAAACAAUUUAGGUAACAUGAUUGCCGACGACAGAUUCAUUAGGGCUACACUGCCCCAUUGGCAAUUUUGCGAUGGCACAGGCGACCUACUGGACAAGAACAACUGCAACCAUCUUUGUAAGACUACUCACAACAUGGAAAUCCCCAAACUGGUAACAGCAGAUGGCAGUAUUGAUUGCCAGAACAACCCAUCGAUGCAAGAAUCUAUUGUCUCUCAGUUACAUUACUGUGAGACAUUUGCUGCAUUGAAACUUCUUGGUAAAGGUGGCUCGUUCGUCAUCAAAUUCUUCACCAUGUUUGAAAACAACACAAUUGGAUUGAUGUACCUCUUAGUCAAGUUCUUUGAACAAGUGAAUGUGUUCAAACCAGCCACCAGCAAAGCUGGGAACUCCGAGGUUUAUGUGGUCUGCCUCAACUUCCUCGGACUUAAGGUUUGCCCACAAGAAGAUUUUCUCACAAACCUGGAAUGUCUCAUUUUCAAUCAAUCGACUUUUGAUGGUGACAUUUGGAACAUGUCUUCUGUGCCACCCAGCUUCAUUGAAGAACACAUCAAUUGCUGCAGACUCUUCCAUAGCUUACAACAGUCAGCAAUUCAAAGAAAUUUGUCCCUGUUCAAAGAAAUUCCCGAAGGUUAUCACUAUAAACGUCUGAAUGUUCUACGAGACCGUUGCUUCAGGGAUUACAUGUCACACUACAAGAUCUCCCCACUCCAGAAUGGUUCCACAGUGGUCAAUGCUCAUGACAAAUAUGUCUAUGGCAAGACAUUUCAAUCGAUCAACUUCCAGUACAAACACGAGGGAUCUUUUGCAGAGAGAAUGGAUAACCUGAACCUGUCUUGGCGAGACAGAUUAAAGUUGAUUGAUGUUUCUAAGUAUAAGCCUACCAAUGAUUAUGCUUUCGUGAUGAAAGAUGCCAGCCGUAAACGUCUCGCAAAGAAUAACCUCAAAUUCCUGUCUGGCAAGCCGCUGUCUGUUAUCCGCAACUCUCGGUUGUGUAACCCAAAGUUGAUUGAGCUUCUCAAUGGUAUCUUGGACAAUUGUGAUCUGACCAACACCAAUGAUGACUUUGACCAGGAAGUCAUUGCUGACCUGUCCACUACAAUGCAACGACUGUUCACUGGUCACUGUUCCAGUAUCUGCUGCCUGGCAGAGGAUUUUGAUUUCUUCAGCAAAUUACAGAUACAGGAUCUGAAAAUAUUUGGUAGGGAAGAGGAAAAUAAAUCCCAUCAACAGUUAACGCUGAUUGUCAAUGUAACUUCUCCAACAACGCUGCUUGGCAAAGGAGAAAUUCUGGACAAAAUGUUGCUGCUUACCAAAGUCUCUUUUGCUCUUCAAAAACUGAAGGCUGAUGACAAUCUCCUACUUCUGACUCAUUCCUUUCUGACGAGAUUCUCCGCUGGUCUUCUGCUUCUUGCUUAUGAUUGCUUCCAGAAGAUUGCGAUAUUUCCCACGCCAUGUGCUGGAACUUUGAAACAGUUGGUAUUACUUUCAGACUUCACUUCCUGUCCUGGUUACAUUGCCAAAUACUUGCAGGUUCUUGUACAAACCUAUGAGCGCCAUGGAUCAAGCCAGGAACGAGACGUCUUGGAGAUUGUUCCAAUGAAAAUUCUGAAUAAAGAUGUUGAAUUUUUCUCAGAAUUGAUGAAAAGUAACGAAAACCUACUGAAAUGUUUCAUAUUCACGAAACUCAAUUGGGAGAAGGAGCAUGUUUAGCAACAACAACUGUCCUGGUCUUUUUGGUUUUAGCAACACAACUGCCCUGACCUGCCUUUCAUAUCUUCAUGAUUUUCUCCCAUUAUUUGUUUUUCAUAUUUGUCUUAUGUUUUCCAUUCCACUCUCAUCUUGAAGUCUUGACUGCCAGCAGUGAACAAGCCUCUGAGAUUGGAAGAAAAGUCUAUGACAAAGAGAUAGACAAGAUUCUAAACAACCAACAUAUAAUGGAAUCAAGCCAACAAGAAGUAUGUGUGUGUGUUUGGUUGUUUAUUUGUGUGUAUACUGACAUACAAAGGGAACAAUAACCCUCUUUUGACUGGAAGCACUCACUCCAAAACAGUCUGUAAAUGUCAUCUCCUCCAAGAGGAGUCUGUGUAUCACCCUUCUCCAGAGAUAGUCAUUAUGUGUGGAUGUGUGUGUGUGUGAGUGAGUGAAACAAUUUCCCUCAAGGACAGUGGUGUGUAUGUGUGUGUGUGUGUGUGUGUGUGUGUGUGUAUGCAUGUUAAUAUUCUGUAAGGGCUGUGUGUUGUGUAACCGUUUUCCAAAGACUCUGUAUAUGUGUGUUUGUAAGAGACACCCCUUCUUCAAGGCAUCCCCCACCGUGUGGACAAUUUAGAAAGAAUGAGACUCAGUUAUGGGAAGUGAUGCUGCAUGUGAAUCAUGAGUCAUUUCACAUUUGUCACAAUGGUCUGCAAGGGACAGUUCUACUCUUCCCCCUCAUACUUGUACUAACUGCUGGGAUUUUCUUCAUUCUGCUUCCUAUGUCCCCAAAUUCUUCACCUUUUCUCUUUUCUGUCCUCUAAGGCAUUCCUUUUUUUUUUUGUUCUCCUCUUUGUCCCCACAAUUCCAUUAUAUGUUCAUUCUAUUUUCUACAACAUCCAGCUCUAACUCAAGGUUUUGAAGUGACUUUUAUUCAUCAAACUCAUUUAGGAUAUUUUUAAGAAUUUAUGUAAAAAAAAUGACAAUGAUGUGCAAUAUUCAUUCUUAAAAUGGUGCUGGGAUGGCUGUGGUUAAGAAGCUUGCUUUGCAGCUAUGUGGUUUCAGGUUCAGUCUCGCUGUGUGGUACCUCGGGCAAGUAUUUUCUUUUAAAGCCCUGGGCUGACCAAAGCCUUGUGAGUGAAUUUGACAGAUGGAAACUGUGUAAGCCCAACAUGCAUGCAUGAAUGUUGAGCUUUUGCAGUUUCCAUCUGUCAAAUUCACAUAUGUACAUACAUACAUACAUACAUUUGUGUUUGUCUUCAUCACCUCUUGAUAACUGGGGUUGAUUUGAUUAUAUCUAUGUAACAUAGUACUUUGGCACCAAUAAGAUAAAUAAUACUAGACUGAAAGAAAAUAAGUACUGGGAACAAUUUGUUUCAAUAAACCCUUCAAGGCAGUGCCCCAGCAUGGUCACAGUCCAAUGACAGAAACAAGUAAAAAAUGGAAGAUGCUCCAGCAGAUUUGAACAUGAAUAUGUUAAUCAGUUUUGUAUUUUACCUUAAGGAGAGAUAGCUUUGACUGAAGAGAUAUAAUGAUGUUAAAACACCUGUGUCUGAAAGUCUCCCAAUGUCACUGAAUUAAGUGUGUGGUCAACACACAAUGUCUGAAGGGAGAAGUUGUUUGCCAAAGGCAAAAUACAACAGAGAUUAACAUAUUAGCAUUUCCUCUACCUUCUCAUGCCUCUACAACAGAGAUUUACAUAUUAGAAUUCCCUCUACCAACUCAUGCCUCAUUGGUUGUCUAUCACUCCCUACCUCCAUCCUUCAGCCCUACCCAGUCUUUACUGUUAUUGCUUACCUUCCAAUUUUGCCAUCUAUUAUUCCUUCAUAUACACUUGUAACCCCCUGCCCAUCCAUGCUCCUAAUUGCUGCUCACUUCUAGUCACCUUGUACCUUGAGGGGCCACCUGGAUUAACAACUCCUACUGAUCAUUCUCACCCUCUUUUCUAAAUGUGAGUAACCAUGUAGGGCCUACUCACCCCUCCACCACUUCCUUUCUUUCAUACUUUAACCCUUCAUUUCCUUGCAUAAAACCCACCCUCACCACACUGGGUUUGUUGUGUUGCGAGCUGCAUGGUUACCUCGUUAGUGCUGGUGGCAUGAAAAAUGCAUCCAUUCUGUGCUGUAAAGUGGUUGGCAUUAGGAAGGGCAUCCAGCUGUUGAAACCAUACCAAAGCAGACUCUGGAGCAUGAUGCAGCCCCUGGACCCUUCAAAUCCUGUCAAACUGUUCAUCCUAUGCCAGCAUGGAUCUUGGAUGUUAAAUGAUGACAAUGAAGAUGAUGAUGAUGAAGUACAUCAGAAUGUGUUCAGUUAAAAAUGAAUCUUGAUAUUCUCAGUUUUGUGAGCUUAUAAUAAUGUAAAAAAAAACAACAACCCAAAACAAGGUGAAUUUAUAGAAAGAAGAGAAAAGAAUUUCAGUUAAAAAAGCAAACAAUUGGCUGUGAGGUUAUUGACGAUGGAUUGUUGCUGCUGACUGCAUGGUUACGAGUUCAAACCUUGUGAACACUGAAGUAGCAGAGUUGUCGGAGCAAGGAACUAAAUGCUUUGUGGUAUUUAUUCUGGCCUUUGCAUUUUGAGUUCAAAUCUCACCAAAAUCAACUUUGCUUUCCAGCUUUCUGGGGUCGGUGAAGGAAGUGCCACUCUAGGAUGGUGGAUUGACAGAACCAUUAGAGCAACAAACAGGAUGUCGUGUGAUAUAUUCCUUCCUGUUCUUUGCAUUCUGAUUUUAAAUCCAGCUGAGGUCAAUUUUGCCUUUUGUCCUUUCAGGGUCAACAAAUAAAGUGCCAGGCCACUGUGUGUCUUUAUUAGGGUCCAUUCUAAUGUCACUGAGUUUAAUACCGUCAUCUGGUCCUUUGGUAUCUUUAGUUGCAAGCAUUUGGAUUAAGUCUCCAAUUUGAGGAUACCUUCUCUUUGUCCCCUCUCAGAGGUCCUGUAAAGGGUUACAAGGUCUGUCUUUUCUCAGGACUAAGUGACAUAACCCCUCCAAUCCCUAUGACCUCUGGAUUCCUUAGCCUAUUUAGGCUGUUGUUCCAGUUUCAUAACUGAUUUUGUCUCAUGGCAAGAGCUUGUGAUGCUAACAUGGCUCACUAUAAAACGGAGUUUUGUCCUUGCCUUGUGCCCUCAGUACUUAAUGGCAUUGUAGAAGUGCUUUUGUGACAUAAGGAUGUCUUGGGCAUUUUCACCUGGUUGAGUUCAUCCUCCUUCAGGUUUAAACAUGACUAAUUUCUUCUAGAGAAAGGAAAUGAGAGUUCGAGAAAGAAGUGACCUUCAGUAUUUAAUUUAUGGAGCAUGAAAGGUGUUUAAUUUAUGGGGCAUGAAAGGAUGAAAAGUACAGAUGACAUCAGCAGGAUUUGAACUCUGAGCACAGAGAACUGGAACGAAUAUCACAAAGCAUUUCAUUUAAUGUUCAAAGGACUCUGCCAGUCUGAUGACUAAUGGUGUGGACACAUGUUUAAACUUUAAUCCUGCAGGCGGUGAGGGUGGGUGUCAGUUCUGCUGGCCACAGUAUCGACUGUGACUGAUAUUUCUGCUGUUUAAGAAAUUAUUGAAUGAAAAUAGAAAUAAAAUAAAAUAUGAUUGUUAAAUUAAAACUCAAAAAGCAAAUAUAUGUGAAAUAAAUGUAAAAUAAAAGUACACAUAAAAUA